GCCUGACUUUUGUCUCAUUACCUGGCGGAGUUAAUAAAGUGUUAGUCGCCUCACACAGAGGAAAGGUCAUAUCAAUGGAAUAUGAUCAUAAGCAUUUCGGAAAUUUGAGACCUUCCUCGCGCGAAAUUCACUUCACAUACAUUCCAGGCGAUGCAGAAAUAGUGUCAAUUGAUGCUUUUAAUAAGUCUAAUUAUGGAAAUGGAGUUGUCAUUGGAAUAACGUUUAUUAAGUAUGUGGACAGCAAGCGUAACCAGUUUCUCAAUAUAUACUCUGACUGGGAGCCUGGCUCAGAGUUCAACCUAGACAGUAUUGCCCAAAGUUGUUUGAGUCUGGACUUGCAAUUUACACCAUAUCAACUAUACCAUACAGAUAUGGUCAUCGGAGACACAAAGGAAGUUGUGUGGCUUCUCAGUGGAAGUGACCUGAAGGUCCAUCUGUUCCGAGAGGAUAGAGCUCUACAUUUGUUUAAUGAGCAACCAGUAGAAGAAUAUUUUCCAGAGUUUGAAGAUUUGCCAAGCCCAGUACACUGGAUGGACAUUCGUUACUUUGAGGACCAGAGGAAACGACUAACAGCAGUCGGCUGUCAAAAUGGAUUUGUGAAGCUUUGUUGCAUCGAUGUGGGAAAGAAAGAGAUUCUGCAAAAAUGGGAAGUCUUGCACGAUGGCCCAGUUACUUCCCUAAGGAUUUUCAGCUUGAAAACCAGCAUAGAAUGCCCACUUCAGCUAAUACCAACUGUUGAAAGUGACACUGCGUCAGACUACGAAUCUGACACAGAUCCCAAUGACAGACAGCAACUGCACCUCUUGGUGGCCAAUGCAGUGGAAUCGUCUGUUGUCUACAGUAAUGUGUUGUCGCAGGGCCUAUCUGAGAAGCAGGUUCUGUCAGGUAGUGACGCAUUUGACUGUGUUCUCUCCACCUGGGUAGCCGACCUUGACUUUGAUGGUCAAAACGAGCUGCUACUUGGGACAUACGGUCAGGUAGGUGACAACGAAAACGGCUACGUGAGAGAUGGUUUAAUUCCCCACCCGAGGGGCGCGGCGGCCAGCAGCGCAGGUUCGCGCGCGCGCGGCACUGCGAGGGCGCCGGGCCGGCACAGUCGAGGGCCCGGCCGUGCCGGCACAGCGAGCGCGGCCGGCAGGGCACCUAAGCGGCGAGCCGGCGGGGCACAGCGGGGCGCCGGCGGCACUGCGAGGCGCACGCCGGCGGGCACAUCCCCCGGCGCCCCCAACCCAGCGCCACGCCCGGUGCGUGCGAGCGACGACCCGCGCCGAAGCGUGACGGACGGGCGGGCUCGCGCUUCGCCACCCGCGACGAGCGCCGUGGCGUGGCUUAGCGCGGGGGAGCUGGCGUGCCGCGCCGCGCCGGGUCGCUACGAGCUCGCCUACCAGCGCAGCUUCCCCGACCCGCUCGUCGCCCUGCUCUACCUCGACAUCACUAACGACUCGCUGUGCGAGCUGAUGGUCGCCUCGCUGAGGGGGCUUCACGUGCUGCAGCACAAUCUCCAGGAUGUCGCAAAGCUGUGCAAGGGUAGAUUGAAGGCAGUCGUAGACAAUCUCCCCAGUGAAGAUGCCUUCCAUGCGCUGCUACUGGAGAGCUUAUGAGGUGUGGUGAAGACAAAAUACGACGUGGAGUGAUGGAAAGUACAGCCACACAUGAGCUCAGACACCGUGGCGGUCCAUACAGUCACAGACACUGGUGGUCGGUACAGCCACAGACACCGUGGUAGUCAGUACAGCCACAGAC